AUGGUCCCGAGUGGAGUCGUGCUCAAGUCGUCCACGGCGCCGUCUGUGCGCAGAGCGCGCGACACGCGUCCCCGCCAUGCCGUGCCGCCUCCUCUUCUUCUUCUGCUGCUGCUCGCCCGCUACGCGCACGCGCUCGUGCCGCCCGCCUGCGUCCAUGCCACGACGUCGCCCACCCGCGUCGCCGACGCACUCGUCGUGGAGCCCCUACCCCGGGCCGCCCUCCUCCCAAACCGGUCACCCUGCUACAUUUCCCUCGCUCCCAGGAAGCUCCCAGGCCCGAGCCCGCCCCGAAUCGGUCGCCGGACGGCCGUCGCCGCCGCUCACUACCGCCGCCGCGCCCCUGCUUCAAUGGCGAGCCCCUCUCCGGCCACCUCCCGCCGCGUCGAGCACCUCCCAAGGUAUGCUAGAUACACAAAGGACUGCCUAGGGUGCAUGAUUGAACUGGAUAUGCUAUCAAGCUAGUGCAAAGCAAACUAACUGACUUGUGUCAAAUCCCAAGUAAGCCCCGGAGCAUAAACCUUAAAUUUAGUAUUCAAGGUUUAUUAUAUAAUUAUUGUGCAUUUACAUUUCUAGGAGUUGAUUGGAACCGUAGAUGCAUAAUCCCUAGGUUUCCUCAUUUACUCUACUAAUGUGCAGGUCGUUAGUACUGUCAUGCUUAAUCAAGAUUCGGUAGAAGUCAAGUGAUUCCUGUCACUCGCGAGAUAUAGGUCCUGGUUUCUUAUGGCAAAGUUGUUUGAGAAGGAAUCAAUGA